AACAGGUACUUAAUACUGCUUUUCCCUUUCAGUGCAAGACAAAUCAACCUUCAAAGCAUUCCGCAUAGCAGUAAACGUGAUGCUGUCCCAAGAGACGUGCGGCUACCUCGUGGUGCUGAUGUACGCGAGCUCAAUCUUCGAGCAGGCCUCACAGUCCAUCAACCUGAAACUCAGCGCUAACAAACAGACGAUUGUGGUGGGAGCUAUACAACUCUUAGGGUCUAUUGUGGCCAGUUGUAUCGUCGAGAAGACUGGAAGGAAGUGGUUGCUUGCGUCAACCUCCUUAGCGACUGGUCUCUCGAUGCUGGCUCUGGGGGCUUGGUUCUACAUCACAUCCCUCGCAAUAUGGCUGCCAGGCUGGGUGCCGGUGCUGGCGAUGUGUUUGUGCAUCUUCGCUGAUGCUGCAGGGUUUCAACCAGUGCCAUACGUCAUCACUUCGGAGCUGUUUAGUUUUCAGGUAAAUAUUAAUUAUUGCUCGAGGCUUCAUAAUACCUUUAAGAUACUUUCGCGAAGAAGAUUAAUAUCUAAUUAUAUUUGAGAUACUAAGCUCUAUUUUUAAAUGGAUAGUUUUAGACAUUUUUAUUUU